AUGCGUUUAAACGUAAUAAAACUGACUGAUCGUUGUGGAAAUCUAUGGGGGAGGCCCAUGCUCCGCGGUGAGUCUCGUACGGCCGCUGAAGGUCGAUGCGGAGAAGGCAGUCCGUGCGAGCAGUUGUGCAGAGAGUUGCACGACGGCACAUAUGAGUGUGGCUGCGGCCCGGGCUACGUGCUGCACGUCGACGGAUACGGUUGCUUAGAAUUAAAUGCAACUAAAGCAACUGAAGCGACGUCAGACAGAGAAGAAGACGUUUUAUACCAGAAGGAUGUUUCCUUCUCAGCAGAACUAGAAGUAGCCCCGUCCAAUAGAAUAAUUAAGAAUAAUGUAAGCGAUAGACAUAUCGAUGACAACCAAAGACUAACAACACUGCCGACAGCGACAAAAAAAGACAGAACUAUCAGUUACACUUAUACUGGAGAGAGAAGCAAAGAAGUUGAUGGACUAAAGAGUUUAAUAGAGGAUGGAAUAAGUAAAAUGGAUAUUAAUAUCAUUGCGGAUGAAGGCAGAGUUGUUUACGAAACAAAUGAGCUGAGAGUUACGACGCUUGGUCCUAGCUUAGAACAAAAGGUGCCAGGUGCGACUUCUUCACCUCCUUGGACGGCAGCAGUCGAAAGCUGUCAUUGUGAUGCUUGCGAUCCGAGAUGCGUCUGCUCACACAGCAAAUGUAAAACAGAUCAGAAUGUGUCGACGCCGCGUUUCUCCGGCGCGUCGUGGCUCGCGUUACGCGCACUCCGCGGUGCGUACAAGCGUGUACGGUUGCGUAUGCGCGUACGCCCCGAGCGAACGAGAGGGGUGCUGCUACUGACGGGGGAGCACGACGACCUCUCGGGCGAUUACCUCGCUAUACUGCUGAGAAAUAGACACGUGGAAUUGAGGUUAGUACUGUUAGCGUAA